UUUCUCAUUCCCCUUUUUGAAUCCAGGGGGAGACGGUUCCAUGUCUGUCUUCCUCUAGCCAUUAUAGUCUCCCUCUCUUUUUUUUUUUUUUUCCUUUUUGUGCGUGUGUGUGUAUAUAUAACAAUAUUACCACACUUUCAUUGUUGUCAAGUGAAAGGAAACUAGAGCGCAGCUAACUUUCAACUCUCUCAACUUAAGCAAACAAACUCGCGCACAAAAAAACAUGGGGAGAGCUCCUUGCUGUGAUAAAGCUAACGUGAAGAAAGGCCCAUGGUCGCCGGAGGAAGAUGCCAAGCUUAAGGCUUAUAUAGAGGCAAACGGCACUGGUGGCAACUGGAUUGCCUUGCCUCAGAAGAUAGGGCUUAAGAGAUGUGGCAAGAGCUGUCGUCUUAGAUGGUUGAAUUAUCUCCGACCCAACAUUAAGCAUGGAGGGUUCUCAGAAGAAGAGGAUAAUAUAAUCUGCAGCCUUUUUAUAAGCAUUGGAAGCAGAUGGUCUAUAAUUGCAGCACAACUGCCUGGGAGAACUGACAAUGAUAUUAAGAACUAUUGGAACACAAGGCUUAAAAAGAAGCUCCUGGGCAAACAGCGAAAAGAGCAACAAGCUCGGAGAGCUGCUAGCUGCCUCACCCUUAAGCAAGAGAUGAAGAGGGAGAAUGAGAAUUAUAUGAUUCCUGGAAUGGUGAGCCAAGCUCCAUACUGGCCACAGUUACCAGCAGUCAUGCCUCUAACAAGCACAAACCAAGAUCCUCAGCUCAAGGACAAAGAAUCCAUCAGGAAUUUGCUUGUCAAACUAGGAGGAAGGUUCUCCGAUGAUUAUCCACAAUCAAGCACCUCCACCAAUCCCAUGAAUCUUCGAUACCCUCUGGAUGUUUCCUUUGCUCAAGAUCAGCUAUAUGAGAACUCCAUGAACAUGAUUUCAUCUCCAUCUUCAAUUAGUCCCAUAAACAGUACUUGUACUUCUGAAGUGAUCAACAUUACCCACUUUAAUGUCAACGAGGCUGCUGCUGGUCCUAACAAUAUGUUUCAAGGGCUUGACGGUUUCCCAGCUGAGCUAAGUGAGCUGAUCUACAGCUUGGAGGGUUUCUAUGGAACCGAUAACAUGGUCGAUGGAAGCAGUACUGGGACUAGUUCCGUAGAAAGUAGCAGCUGGGGAGAUAUAAAUUCACUAGGCUAUCCCCAAAUUGUCUCUGGAUUUGAAGCUUGCCAACAAAGCAUGCCUCAAGUUUCUACCUUCGAUGAGUCAAGCUACUUCGGGCCACAAUAACAGCGCUGUACAUGGGUGGUGUAAAUUUGUACCAAUUAGGGAAUUAAUUUGGGUGUCAGAGAAUUUCAGAAAAUCUCCUAAUGAAUUCAUGCAGAGAUUGUUUUGUUUUGUAAUUCGACUUUUACAAUUGCCAUUUCCGGUUUUUUCUUUCCUUCUCAAAAGUUUAUUAAUCAAGCCACUUUGAUUCAUCUAUGU